GUUUCCUAUGGCACCGUGGAGAGCGCACACAGACGCACUGACAUCCAAUAUUCCUCUCAGGGACAUCCUCCACAUUUUAAAACGGGAAUUCUGCGCUGAGGCAAAGAGGAAGACGAAGAAACGCGGGAUGGAGAGCAUUCUGACGCACGCCACCUCGCCACCUGCCUUAUUACACCCCUGGAAACUUUGAAAUAUCACUUUUGCCGGACUUUUUCUGAUUAUGGCACGUUUCUUGCGUUGUGUUUUUACGCCGAGGAUUGCCGCUCAUGGGAUGUAGCGCGUGGACAUGUGGGUUCAACUUUGGACACCUGAAGGCGCAGUCCAAGCUGUCCGUCUUCUUUACGAUGAUCAUUCUUUUCAUGUACCUUUUUUACUGUUUAAAUGGAUAUUGUGAUUCCCUACCCAGACCCGUGUACGACCAAAGUAAUCACCUUCAGAAUAGACUACCAGAGGGACAUGAAACGGAGACUGCGCUCGGUGCGUACAAUGCGUCCUCGCUUGUCAGAGGAAGACUAUCGCGCUUGGACGAUAACAUUCAAGCAAAUAACAUCUCUAUAGCUAAUAAUUAUGGGAGUAAAAAGUUUCCCCAAGCCAUUAUCAUAGGAGUGAAGAAGGGAGGAACGCGGGCAUUGCUGGAGUUUUUGCGCAUCCAUCCAGACGUGAGAGCGGUGGGAGCAGAGCCACAUUUCUUCGACCGCUUCUACGACAAGGGACUCGAGUGGUACAGAAACCUGAUGCCCCGUACGCUGGAGGGCCAGAUCACUAUGGAGAAGACCCCCAGCUACUUCAUCACCAAAGAAGCCCCUCGCCGCGUCUUCUCCAUGGACCGCCAAACCAAGCUCAUCAUUGUGGUCCGGGACCCCGUGACGCGCGCCGUGUCCGAUUACACUCAGACCCUCACCAAAUCCCCCGGGCUGCCUUCUUUCCAAAACCUGGCCUUCCGCAACUCCACCACGGGCCUCAUCGACACGUCAUGGAGCGCCGUCCGGAUCGGGAUAUACGCCAAGCACCUCGAGAACUGGCUGCGCUACUUCCCGCCUUCGAGGUUCCUGUUCGUGAGCGGGGAGAGGCUGGUGACGGAUCCGGCGGGGGAAAUGGGGCGCGUUCAGGAUUUUCUGGGACUCAAGCGCGUGGUGACGGACAAGCACUUCUAUUUCAACCAGACCAAAGGAUUCCCCUGCCUGAAGAAGCCGGAGGGGAGCAGCCGACCGCGGUGCCUGGGGAAGUCUAAGGGCAGGCCCCACCCCCAGAUCCCGGCGGAGGUUCUGCUGAGGCUCAGGGAGUUUUACAGGCCCUUCAAUCUCAAGUUCUACCAAAUGACGGGACAGGACUUUGGCUGGGACUAAGAGGUGCUCACUAUAAGCUGUUCAAAUAUAGACUGUGAUGUUCUUCGAAACCAAAUAGCAGAAAAGUGAAAUUACCAAAGCCUAAAAAUAGUUAUGCGUGGCGGUAACCAGAACUCAGAUGACAUUAGAACCUUGGCUGUUAAAGAUGCAUUAUGUAACUUUUCUGGUGUGCUUGUCCCCAUAAAAAAUGUUAUGAAAUAUUCCGCAAUAUGACAUUAAACUUAACUUAGCAAUUACAGGUGUUUUUACUCCUCAAAAAACUAGAAAAACAUGCCUUCUUUCUGUGAGCGGGCUUGCUUCUCCGCAGUUCUGACAUGUAACUUGGCCUGGUGGUGUCAGCUAGUUGUCGUCCAUGGUUUUAUAUGUUUAAUAAUGCAAUACUGUGGGACAUUCUAGGCGAAGCAAAAACAUCUCCCAGGAGACAAGCAGGCAGCGGACCGUCAAACAGAAAAGUUACACAGUGCACCUUUAGUUGAGUUAACAGUCCAGAGACCCAAGAGAAUGUAAAAUGUAAAAUAGACCAGUAAAACAUAUACUUUUUCCUCACGUUAAUGUUCUAAACCACACACAACUAUUAAAAAACAUGAACCUUUACAUUUAAGUCCUACACGUUCAGUCACCUUGUUUACGUCAAAAUGAGGAUUUUACUUUUUUUUUUUUUGUUCGUUUGUUUGUUUUUUGUAAGGGAUACCAAAGAUUACGCAAAUAUUAAAAGCUAUAGACCGUCAUUAUUUUUGAUACAUAUUUCUUUGACUUGUUGAAGCGUGAAAAAACUGGUUCACGUUCUGUUAUGACUGUUGUUGUUAAUAUCAAACUAUUUUUUCAGACCACUUUAUCUGUGAUGAUUGCCUUCGUAGCGCCAAACAGCCGACUGUAAAUGCAUAUGUACAUUUCUAAAAGUUUAAUUUAUAAGAAAAGACAAGCUAUUGUUGAGACAUUUGUAUAUGAGACUUGGAGAUUCUAAGUAAAAAA